UCCGGGUCCGGCAGCUAGAGUGUCGUUCCUUCCGCAGGAAGCGGAAGAGCGAUAGGGUGGGCGGCUCUUUGUCGAAGCUACAGGACCGGCAGGCGGCAGCAGCAACUACGGCGGCGGCGGCAGAACCCAGCAGUGAUGUGGAGGUGGAGACCCACAGGAGCCCCGGACUUCACCUGAGCUACCUCAGUGGUCACCAAGAGUGGCAAGAAAAGGAAGAAAGCCCUGAAUUGGGGGAAACCAGGAUGCCUGACAGGGACAACUAUGCCAAUGGCACUGGGAACAGCAGUGGAGGCCCUGGAGGCGGUGGCAAUGAGGAAGCCAGUGGGGCAGGGGCAGGGAAUGGUGGGGCCACCUCAGAUGCCAUCUGUAGAGACUUCUUGAGGAAUGUGUGCAAGCGAGGCAAGCGUUGUCGAUAUCGCCACCCAGACAUGAGUGAGGUCUCCAACUUGGGAGUGAGCAAAAAUGAGUUCAUCUUCUGCCAUGACUUCCAGAACAAAGAGUGUAGCCGCCCAAAUUGCCGUUUCAUCCAUGGCUCCAAAGAAGAUGAGGAUGGCUAUAAGAAGACAGGAGAGCUUCCCCCUCGACUGAGGCAGAAAGUGGCAGCUGGCCUGGGCCUUUCACCAGCUGACCUACCAAAUGGCAAAGAGGAGGUUCCCAUCUGCCGUGACUUCCUCAAGGGUGACUGUCAGAGAGGAGCUAAGUGCAAGUUCCGUCACCUGCAACGGGAUUUUGAGUUCGAUGCUCGGGGCGGAGGAGGCACUGGUGGUGGAGGCUCAACAGGAUCAGUCCCCCCGGGACGACGUCAUGAUCUCUAUGAUAUCUAUGACCUUCCUGACAGGGGCUUUGAGGACCAUGAGCCAGGCCCCAAGCGCCGGCGAGGUGGAUGCUGUCCUCCUGAUGGCCCCCAUUUUGAGUCAUAUGAAUAUAGCUUGGCUCCGCCCCGUGGAGUAGAGUGCAGACUGCUAGAGGAGGAGAAUGCCAUGCUUAGGAAGCGAGUGGAGGAGCUAAAGAAGCAGGUCAGCAACCUGUUGGCAACUAACGAAGUACUGCUGGAACAAAAUGCUCAAUUCCGAAAUCAGGCCAAGGUGAUGACCCUGAGCUCCACUGCACCAGCGACUGAGCAGACUCUUGCCCCCACUGUGGGUACUGUCGCCACUUUUAACCAUGGCAUUGCCCAAACUCACACUACUCUUAGCAGCCAGGCUCUACAGCCUCGUCCUGUGACCCAACAAGAACUGGUGGCCCCUGCUGGAGCUCCAGCUGCUCCCCCAACUAAUGCUGCCCCUCCUACUGCUCCUCCCCCACACUUGAACCCAGAGAUUGCACCACUGUCAGCUGCUCUGGCUCAAACAAUUGCCCAGGGAAUGGCACCCCCACCUGUCUCCAUGGCUCCUGUAGCUGUAUCUGUGGCUCCUGUAGCCCCUGUGGCUGUAUCGAUGGCCCAGCCGUUGGCAGGAAUCACAAUGAGCCACACUACCACUCCCAUGGUGACUUACCCUAUUGCUUCCCAGAGCAUGCGCAUCACAGCCAUGCCACACUGAUGGGGCCAAAGGACACUCCCCUGGUGUAGCCUCUCAGUGCUGGGGUUAUGGGGCCCUGGGGCCCUUAGCUACUCGCCUAGCCCUCUCAGGCCCUUUCUGAAGGGCUCACUCAAGAACUAGGACAAGAGACUACAAGGAGUAUGGUUCUGAGGAGGGGUAGGGUUGGUGUGUGUUCUCUCACCUGCCUUUUAUGAGGGUCCUCUUAUCUAUCUCUUACUCUCACAAUGGGGGCUUGCAUAAGAAUGCAGACUGAAGCCAGGAGAGAGGAAGGACUGACUGAGGGUCUUUGUCCUCUUAGGGGAAGUUGGAGACAUCCCUGGUCUUGUCCUCUCUUCUGCAUAGCACAGGUUCCAACACUGGGUUUGGGAAAAAAAACCUGCCCAGAGGGAAAGCCAGGAAAGACUGGGAAGUGAGUGGCCAGAGAGAAGGCCUGAUAGCAGCCUUCAGACAAUUUGGGGCCCAGUUGGUUGGGUUGGACAAUACAGGAGCUGCUCCUAGGCCCUGGAAAGGCCAGGACCAUAGUACUCCAGCCCAAAGACUAGGGGAGCAUUCAUGACCCUAGCUUGGCCUGGAAAUUCGUAGGGCAGGGCCCACUACUUUCCAAAGAAAUAAAAGAACAAUUAUUUUUAACAAA